AACAUGGCGGCUGUGGAGGUUCCCGACUGGAAGCUCAGAGUGGAAGAUUCCUGUGAAGCAGCUAUUGAGUUUUCUAAACUGUACUAUGAGACAUUUGAUCAAAGGCCAAAGAAACUGCAAAAACUUUAUAUGGACUCUGCCAUACUUGUCUGGAAUGGCAACAAAGUAACUGGUGUAUCUGACAUCUUAUCGUUCUAUGAGAAUCUUCCAUCAUGCGAGCACACCAUUGACUCUGUGGACUGCCAGCCUAUUGCAAAUAGUGCAACUCAAGGUCAGCUGGCAAUUCUUGUGACGACAAUGGGCUGCUCCAAGUUCAAAGGCAACAAACCUUCAGUUUUCCAGCAGACUUUUGUUCUAACGUCUCAAGGGAAGGUGUGGAAGAUCGUGAGUGACAAUUUCCGCAGUCAGGAAGUUUCUUGAUGAAAGGAUGUGGAAUAUUGUGUUAAGAACUGGCGUUGCUAUUCUCUUCAGCCAAAUUUCAUCGUCCUGGCGAGAGGACGGAUUGACCUUACUUUGAAAACCGACUAUGUUGAAUUGAAAGUUGUCCUGAAGCGGAAGUACCACUUCAGGCUAUCCUACAUGGAAUUGGAAUCAUCUCGUAAUGGACUGACCCAUUUGAUGGACUGAUCUUCCUACAUCUGGUGAUUAACUCAAAAUAUUGCAUUGAGAAGUUUACAAUAGUAAUCCUGUGCAAUUCUAGCUUUUCUUCUAGAAAUUUGAAAGGGCAGGGAAUAUGGGAAUUGGCCAAGAAAAGGCAUGGUGGAGUGAUAAAAUGGGCAGGGUUAGCGCCUUUCUGUAAUAGAAAAUGCAUUUAUCUGUCCGGAAAAAGGAGAAAGUACUUUUAGGGGCAGGCUAGGGUGCUGCGCCCUUCUAUUUUUAUCCAGAAGAAACACAAAAUUCACCUUCCGAAGGCAGUGGGGAUUGAUGCUGUAGCUUCAUGUAUCAUUUGUCAACAGUUGUGUAAAACAGACUGUAUGUGUGUUUCCUUUUUAUACAAAUCAUCAAUAAAUGAUAUGUAAG